AUAAUUAACUAAACACGUAGAUUAAUAAACCACAAAGGAAGACUUUAUAAAACGGAAUUAAUCGUCACUGUUAUUGUUUCCACACGGAUGUAUUUCACUGCGACACACACGACACUUCAUGUGCCGCAUAGAGCUGCUUAACAUACUAUAGCUGCCAUGACAAAACCUCGGGGGUUUGAGUUUUGGAGAAACACCCUGAAGGGCUCACGCUAUGUUGUUGCCCCUAUGGUGGACCAGAGCGAGCUGGCCUGGAGGCUGCUUAGCCGCAGACACGGUGCAGAGCUCUGUUACACACCUAUGCUGCACGCACAAGUGUUUGUGAGGGAUGCAAACUACCGCCGUGAAAAUCUGUACAAUGAAGUAAACCAAGAGGAUCGACCUCUCAUAGCACAAUUCUGUGCAAAUGAUCCUGAAGUGUUUGUCCAGGCUGCUCUGCUUGCACAGGAUUAUUGCGAUGCAAUUGAUUUAAAUUUGGGUUGCCCCCAGAUGAUUGCAAAAAGAGGCCAUUAUGGUGUGUUUCUUCAAGACGAGUGGGAACUUCUCGAGAAAAUGAUUAAAUUGGCAGAUGAAAAACUUUCUGUUCCAAUCACUUGCAAAAUCAGGGUCUUCCCAGAGAUGGAAAAAACAGUCAGAUAUGCAAAAAUGCUGGAAAAGGCUGGAUGCCAGCUCCUCACAGUUCACGGGAGAACCAAAGAUCAAAAGGGGGCUUUGACUGGCAUUGCAUGCUGGAAGCAUAUCAAAGCUGUACGGGAGGCUGUGAACAUUCCUGUGUUUGCCAAUGGAAAUAUCCAGCACCUGAGUGAUGUGCAUCGCUGUAUGGAGGAGACUGGAGUACAAGGAGUGAUGAGUGCUGAGGGAAAUCUCCACAACCCUGCCCUGUUUGAAGGCCGUAGCCCACCUGUAUGGGAGAUGGCUGAGGAAUACCUCGAGGUGGUGGAGAAACACCCACCCUGCAGUUUGUCUUACGUCCGUGCUCACCUCUUCAAAUUGUGGCACCACACGCUACAGAUACACCAAGACUUGCGGGAGGAGUUGGCCAAAGCGAAAAAUGUAGAUGGCAUAGCAGAGGUUAACAGACAACUAAAACAACGCUGCCAGGAGGAGAUGGCUAAAGAUGAGUCUGAAUGGACUCAAACUGGACUGCCCUUCCCUCACUGGAUCUGUCAACCUUACGUCAGACCACCACCAAAAGAUCCAAGCUCAGAAAAUGGACAGACAGCACAAAAGACAAAAGCUGUGUGCGUAAAGAGGGCACACGAGGAUAGCGAUGGACCCCCCAACGACUCGCUCUCCAAAAACAAACAGAAAAAGCAAGCACGUAACCCCUACAAAAACUUCUGUCCAGAGCUGAAACCCAAAUACAUUAGAUGUGAACAGUGUGGUAAUCCUAAAGGGAAUAAAUGUGUUUUCAACUUGUGCCGUGGCUGCUGCAAGAGAAAGGCUUUCAAGGAAGUGGCUGACUGUCCUGGUCAUGGCCUGAAAUUCAAAACCAAGGCUUUGAGACAAAGCAACUCAGAAACGGGCAGUGGGCUUACAAAUGGGAAACCAAACAAUCAGACUGACGUUUCCCCGGCAGUCCCUGAUGUCAACAUCACUUGUCCUAAAGAAGGCUUUGUACUGGAUUUGGGCGACAAUGGCAACUGAACACUGCAUUUAGUCCGGCACACUUUUAAAUGUGCCUGGAUGAAAUUUUGAAUGCACAUGACAGUAACUUAACCGAACGUGCAAAGCUUCUGUAACUCGUAUAACAGCCAUUAAGGUAAAGCAACAUCUGUUAGGUACAUCCCUUCAAUUCUGAGCUAUUAAGAGUUGUGAUAUAUCCUUGCUGCUGCUAACUUAUCCGUCAUUCACACAAAUAGAGCCAUUGUCAAUAUGUCUCAUGAAUGACCACUUUCUUUGGUGAAUGUAUCCUUGUUGUUUUAAUAUUGCUUUUUACAAAAGUAAAAUAUGUCUUUUUACUUUUUA